CAUUGCUUUUCCUUGUUCUCCUCACGGUGAAUGUAGCUUACCUCACAGCAAUGUUGACCAAGUCGUCAAGCCAGCUUUACUUACAAAGCAUUUUAUUUGUUUCAUUAUUCAUUGACAUUUUUAGUGUGUUAAGUUUCCAUCGCUCGAGCGUUCAUUGCAACAUGACAAUAUCCGAAAAAAGCUACGAUGUUUCUACUUGGUGGAGUCCUUUACUUACUGGAACUGAGAAACAGGUUCACCAAUUGAGCAACCAGCAGGACGAAGCAAUGGAAAUAUUCGGUCCGGGUCCGCGCGUUGAUUUGAAUCUUACACUUUCACCGAUAAUUGAAUUCCAUCAAAGUAACCAGGUAUGCUAUGACGAUCUUGGAUGUAUCACUCGCUUCUCGUUUGCCGAUCCGUUGUUAUGGCCGAUUAAUUUAUUGCCCGAGUCGAGAACAAAGAUCAACACGCAUUUCACGCUCUACACAAGAGAAAAUCCUAAUCCACAGCCUCUAGUUCACAUAUCAGCUGAUGACCCAAACGGUAUCGCCGCAACGACAUUCAAAGCGACAAGACCCACCAAAUUCUUCAUCCACGGCUGGCGCAAUACUGGCUAUGAAGAACUUUUCUUUACAUUAGUGCAAAGGUUGCUGACUAAAGGGGAUUAUAACGUAAUCAGGGUUCAUUAGGGUGGAGGAUCACGAUCCAACUAUUUCCAAUCGCAUGCCAACACUCGUCUUGUUGGUUUGGAAAUCGCUCUACUCGUCAACACGAUGGUGGAGAAACUUGGCGUCCGGGCUACGGAUGUUCAUCUGAUUGGACAUAGCCUCGGAGCACAUACUGCAGGCUACGCUGGGGAAAGUAUUCCUAACCUCGGACAAAUUACUGGUUUGGAUCCUGCCGGACCGUACUUCCACGGGCUACCAUCAUUUGCUCGUUUGGAUCACACGGACGCUAAUUUUGUUGAUGCUGUCCAUAGUAACGGGGCAUCUUUAGGUUUCGGGAUUCUGGAAUCUUUGGGUCACCUGGAUUUCCGUCCCAACGGUGGUACACAUCAACCCGGCUGUCACCGUACCGAUUUCCAGUCCAUUUGGAACGAUCCCACUGCUUUCGUGUCAGAUGCCUCCGCUUGCGAUCACUUGAGGGCUGUCCAUUUCUACAGUGAAGCGUUAAUACCGACAGACUGCAAGACUGUUGCAUACGAAUGCUCGGAUUAUGAGUCUUUCAACAACGGCCGUUGUACGUCGUGCGGAUCGGAUAAUACCAAAUGCGCUCUGUUCGGUUUGGAAGCGACGAAUUUCCCAACUCGUAGCCGAAAAAAUGUAAAUCUUUAUUUCAAAACUGGAGGCGAUUUUCCUUAUUGCAGAUAUAAAUACCUUAUUAAAUUAAAUUUGGGUAAACCCAGGAAUGCAAAACCGAAAAUUUACGGAGCACUUCGAUUGUCGAUUAAUGGACAUACAGGCAUCCUGCCAAACAUUCAAAUGCCGACUGCCGGUUUCGAACAUGGGAAAGGUUAUCAAUUCCUCGCGACUGACCCAAGUAACGUGGCUCCCGUCAACAAAGUUAAUCUCCGUUGGUUCCCUGUUUUAACGAAUCUCUUCGAUCCGACUUGUUUGCUGGGGUUAUGUGACAAAAGGAUGUACGUCCAAAGCGUCACCAUAUCAUUACUCAACAGCUACCCCGAUGCAAACAAAAUAGCCAACACUUUUGAAAACUGCCCAGUAUAUGGACCAGCUGCUGUUGGUCCGUUUUUCAACACGGAGCUCAGCGUCACCAAUAAUUGCUCACCAACGUUUUCAUCGCUAGCCCUAAUCUUGACUCCGGGACGUUGGUUUACCUAUAAAAGGUAG